AUGAUGGCGCUACCAAUUACCAUUUCAGCUGCAACCACAGCCUCCUUCUCAGCGCCAUCCACGAUUUUCUUUGAAUACCCAAUGGGUGAGCGACCCUCGACAUCUCGUGACUACAUGCUUUUUGCGUUUCGCACCUCACGCCCUUCUGGAGUACUGUUAUCGAUUGAUUGCGCAGUGGAUCAGGAUUAUUUCACUGUAUACUUAGAAGAAGGUUUCUUGCAAAUUAAGUACAAUCUGGGAAGUCGUGAACAUCAUUUUGGACAUUUCGCUCAUAAAGUGAACGAUAAUAAGAAGCAUACUGUCAGAAUCCAUCGAAUUGAAUCUAAUGUGACAUUGCAAAUUGAUGGACGACCACCGAUUAGAUAUAGACCUAAAGGGGUUUCUUCGGGAGGAAUGGAUAAGAGAUUUCUUCGUUUUGUUGCACAAAAAGAUUCCUUCGAAGACAUUCGAUCUACGCAAAAUUUGAUUUUGAAGAGAGCUGACGAUUUGGUAACGUUGAAUAUGCAGUGGAGGGUGUCUCUGGGUGCUGCUUUAAACUCGCGGCACGUUGACUCUAGAAGGUAAGG